CUACACAGCCUACAAUACACUUCCGCUUUUGUUGGUUGCCUUCUUCUGUCACUGAAUCUGAACAAUUUAGUUAGAUACAACUAUGAUUAGUGACAUGGGUCAGCAAGCACUAUAAAUAUUCAGUUUGGUCCCAGUCAUCUCACCCAAACAUGACUGAUGGGGAUGAUGACCUUGACCUUUUGGAAGAACGCACUGAGGCAUUAUGGGAUGCCAAAAUUGUUGCCAUGAUAUCCCAAUCUGAAUCAUCACAGAAAAAUGUUGAAUUAGAUGAGGGUGGACCAUCUUCAUAUGAUGAGGACGACAGACAUUCUAUAACAAGUCUAGAUAUUGAUAGAACUACAUCUGAGAGUGGAGAACAUGAAAUUAUAGAAUCAGAAAUCUUGAUUCCACCAAACCCGAAUCAGGGAGAGACAAAAACUACCUCAGAUAAUGUGCAUGCCAUCACAGAGAAACAGGCAAAGUGGAGCUUCGAUGAUUUGUAUAGCAUUGGGAUAGGAUCAAAACCUGAUGUCGUGACCACAACUGAUUGUGGAAAGGUCUUUCCAACCCAAAGUGGACACAGACCUCAGGACUACGUUUUACAAUCUGAACCAGGUACUGUUCUGUUACCUGAUGUUGUUAACAGCAGACAAAAUCCAGCUGUUGGCCAAGUAAACCAACAGCAGUCCCCUGAUGUGCCUAAAGUGAUUGUCUUCACUGAAGAUGAUGAACAACUUGAUGAUUAUGUCGACAGUGAUUCAUCUCUUGCAGAAGAAAUUACAAGUUCACCUGAAAAGACAUUUGUUUCUGAUUCAAGACUGAAGAGAACGUAUGGUUAUGAUAAAAGUUCAUCUUCACAGAGUCGGGAUAGUGAUGAUGAUUUGAUCAGUAGCAGUCCUUUUGAAUGUAGUUCUUCUAGUUCUGAUCGACCCAAGAUCACUGCAAGGAGAAGAUUCAGCUCUAAGAGAUCAUUUCACACAAAAGUGAUCAACAUCAGUGAUGACAGUUCUUCUCCGCAGAAGAUGUUUUGUAAAAACCCAGAUACUAAAAAGACCAAAAAGCCAUCAGUUUUGGAAGAGGAACCUCCCUUGAAAGUUACAAAAAGUCAAAAUGAAUGUGCUCGGGGAGAUUUAGGUUUGUGUGCAGAGAGGAAUCUUCAUACUGAGAGGAUUCCAAAUCACAGAAGUGAAGAAAUCCUGAAAGCAAUUGGAACAAAGUGCACUGUAUCACGGUUAAGAAAAGAUUCUAAAUCAACGAUAAAACUGACAAAGAGUGGAACAGAAAAAACCGUCUCAAUAACCAGUCAGGAGAGUCAACCCAGAGGAAUCAUUAUUUCUAGGCCAGAAAAGGACCAAUCAGCUUUGACUGCUGAUCAGAGUAUUGCCAAAAAGAAGGACAUUGACAAAGUGUGUGAGUGGUUUCCAGACGCCUGUAGGAAGUGGAUAAAACUAAAGAUUGAAGUGACUUUACAGCAAGGAAAUGAGCAGUUUCUCGAUCACAUAGUUGAUGGUAUGGUUGAUGGGAACUACCCAAAAUCAACACCUCAAAAUGAUCCAGAUUUUCGUCAAGACGAAGAACCAGAUAUCGUAGCCGCCCUUGGCAGUAACAAAAUCAACACACCUGUUCAAUCAACUGGGAGACAGAAUGUGACAGACUCCAAACCUGCUGUACGGCUGUAUGGUAAGAAAGCCAACUACAUGGGCGGAGCAAAAGGAAAGGGAAAAUCUGUCGUUCCAAGGAAGCCUGUCCGAAAUAUACUCGAUGAAUAUCAGUCUUCAGAAGAUGAGAAAGACAUUUGUAUGGAUGCUGCAGAAUCUAUGGAGACUGUUCGGGACAAUGAAGUGUCUUCGUCAUCCCUGACAUGCGAGUCAUGUAAGAUGAACCGAAACACGGACAUGGUGGUACAGUGCUGUGACGGCCAUCUUAUCUGUAACUCUUGUGUGGAAAAGGAAGUGAAGGAGAUACUCUCCCCGGACAGCCAGGAGACUCAGAUCAAAUGUCCAAGUGAGAAUUGUCAGAGCAAGGUACCAGAGAGUCAAGCAAAGAAGAUUCUACCAAAGUUAAUCCUAGAACUAUUGGAAGAGAAGCUACACAAACAAGCUGUGGAGUCUAUCAUCAAGAUGGAAGAUCUAGUAACGUGUCCAAAUUGCAGUUUUCCAGUGGUGAUGGAUGCGGGUAUCAAGAAAUUUGAAUGCCCUAAUUGUAAAAACUCGAGCUGUAGAUACUGUAAAAGGCUGUGGGUAAUGACCAGCCAUGACGACUGUAACCAGUUCACAACAUUCCUGCAAGAAAACCUGGACAGUAAGGACCUGGAACCGCCCUCCUACUGGCACCCAAUGCCUGAAGAAGGUGACAAGGACUAUGCGAUUGUUACCCUGGAUGAGAAGUGUGUGGAGUUCCAACACAUCAAGACUUUGUUCUCUCUCAGUAUGUCAGCCAGCCAGAUCACAGCGGUCAGAAGGAUACAGAAUCCACGCUUGUGGCAGAAGUUCUGUCUAUCAAGAAAGCAUAUGGUGGAAGAUUUUGGGCAAAACCAGCUCAAUGAAAAGCAACUUUUUCAUGGCACAAGUACAAAAGCGUUUGAUGCAAUUUGUAGAGAAGGACUGGACUGGAGGAUGUGUGGAGAAAACGGAACAGCCUUCGGUCAAGGUACCUACUUUGCAAAGCAAGCUUCAUACUCAGACAGGUACAACCAAAUGACUCCUGGGUAUAUGGGUGUCCGGUCCUUACCGCCAGGAAACAGCAGUGCAGCUUUUGCCCAGGCUUUCAAUCUGCCAUCGUCAUUUAACACUCCACCGAACAAUGCUCCAAAUCCUUUCCUGGCUUCAUUCAAUUUCAGUAACAUGCAUAAGCCACAGCCACAGCAGCAGCAGCAACAAAAUGUUUUUAAAACAACCUCACAUGCAUUUCCCUAUGUACCCCUAAGUGGUACCAGUAAUAGCAAUGCUGCAGGCACAUUCAGCAAUAAUUUCUUCCCGUCUUCCAGUAACAAUGGAGCAGCAAUGUUUGGGCCAUUUGGACCAUCUAACAACAGCGGCCAGCCUGUGUUUGCACCAGCAAACAUUGGACAAUCAAACACCAACAAUUCUCUGGCAAUAUUCCAAGGUCACAGCCAAGGUCAAAUCAUGCCAGCCAAUGUGAGUAACCCUGAUGUGAGUAGCACAACUGAUAAAAUCAUCUUCACCAAUGUUGAGGAUACGAUCGGCCCUAACAAGAAAUACAUGUUUGUGGCCCGUGCAUUAGUUGGACGAUGUUGUUCUGGCAACUCUGGUAUACGCAAGCCUCCAUCAGACCCAGGCGAUCCAAAGCGACGUCCGUUCAACUCUUGCGUUGACAAUGUGUUGACGCCAUCAAUAUUUGUCAUUUUUGACUGUGCUCAGUGCUAUCCAGAGUACAUAGUUGAGUACACCCAUCGAUGAACAGAGCAAUGAAUUGUUUUUUUGGACAAUUUAUCCAUGUUGAUCUUAUCGAUUGUGUGUAUGCAUGAAUUUUUCUGUGAUAGAAAUUGUUGCCUCAAAAUUUUAGGUAAACAAUAGAACCCAUCAGAUGAACUGUUUCACUUUCGCCGUAGUUUUGGAUGGAAAUCCAAACUUUUGAUGAGUAGAAAAAUGAUUCCAAUCUGAGAUUUAUUUAUUUGGGUGUUAUUGAUACAGAUAUGUUACAUAUUUUUAUUCAAAUCCAUUAUUUACUUCAAGGAAAGGAUUUUUUCAUAUUACGGUUCUGCAAAUAUUAACAUAAGUUUUUCAUGAACAUCAGUGGGAAUAGGUACAUGUAAUCUUUUACAUUCAGAAAUUUACAGUGUAAUGCCCUGCCUUUGAACCUUUGAAUCUUUCCAUCAUCUUAACUCCUUAAUUACAAACGAAAAAAGUUGUAAACAAAUUUAAAUACAUGUGUAAGAUUUCCAUGGGGUCUGUAGGUUCCCUGGAUUGUGACACCAUGCCCAGGCAACAUCACGAUCAGAUUCCCUCAAUAUGUAUCUAACACUUUAUAAUCUGGUAUCAAUAUUUAUACCUCAUACAUGUGUGGUUUCAAUCAUAUUUUUCACUUUUAUUUGGAAAAUUUCCUACAGAGUUGGUUGUCUGUUUUGUAAUUGUUAUGUUUGCAUCAUUUGUUGACUAGAAAUAUUCACUUAAACAUGGAAGUGGUGAAACAGUAUCCCUUACAUGUCUGAACAUACAGAAUUUGUAGGAUGUCAUUAUGUUUCAUUUUCGCACAGUCCUUUUGAAAAAAUUAAACCUCUGCUUGAUAUAAAAGCUCUAAUUAAUCAAAUCAACAUUUUAAUAUCACUCAUAAAAGAUAUUUUUCUAGGUUGUUAGUGUGAAAAAUUCUUCUGAAAUGAGUUGCAUUUCACAAUAAUAAGAUACCUUAUUAUAUGUGAGGUACCCCCAUCAGUAAUUGGUAAAUAUAGACGUGGGAAUUGUGGAGCCUAUCCAUGUUCAACAUUUAGAUACAUGUAACCGAAGUGGAAUGUGGUCGUGUAUUAUGCUCUUUUGACAGCUACUCAUUUAAGGAAGCCCAGCAGUUUAGUUCUUGUAAGUUUUCCUGUAGAAGCCCAAUGCUCGAGUGAAACAAAUAGACAACUAGUAACACACACUUACUUAUCCCCAGCUACAACUAGUAACACACGCUAACUUAUCCCCAGCUACAACUAUUAACACACGCUAACUUAUCCCCAGCUACAACUAGUAACACACACUAACUUAUCCCCAGCUACAACUAGUAACACACACUAACUUAUCCCCAGCUACAACUAGUAACACACACUAACUUAUCCCCAGCUACAACUAGUAACACACACUAACUUAUCCCCAGCUACAACUAGUAACACACACUAACUUAUCCCCAGCUACAACUAGUAACACACGCUAUCUUAUCCCCAGCUACAACUAGUGACACACACUUACUUAUCCCCAGCUACAACUAGUGACACACACUAACUUAUCCCCAGCUACAUCUAGUAACACACACUAACUUAUCCCCAGCUACAACUAGAAACACACGCUAACUUAUCUCCAGCUACAACUAGUAACACACGCUAACUAAUCCCCAGCUACAACUAGUAACA